AUGGCGACAGAGAGUGUCGGGAGCGUAUCGUGUAAACCUUUGAAUCAUGGACAGACAUUUCUCGCACCUUCAAACCCCUUGGCUCGGGGAAAAGCCGACGGCUCUUCUGCCAGGCGUUUGUCUUCGCCAGGCUCCAGACGCGUCGCUGCCUUCGAAUUCUCCGAGCCGCCACAGAGUCCGUACCUCUUCUCCGCUGCAACCUCCGAAGACACUGGAGGUUUGCAAAGUUUCUCACGCCUCGCGCCGUCCUUCUCUCGGCAGAAACCGCGGCGGCUGUCUGCUGCAGAACUUUUCGCUGCCCACGCCUCCUGCUCUAAUGCCGCUUCGCCUUCUCUUCUUGUUUCCCUAGGCACUGCUUCCCAGACCGGUGCGGGGUGUACGUACACCUCAGCCGACGGCGCGUUGAAGCCACGCGAGCGCACCGGCGCAAUUCUCCAGCGGUGGGAGGAGCUUCUGCAAGUGAGAGAAGGAGGAAAUUCCCGUUUUUCUUUCGAGAGCAGUGCACCUGCCCUCUGUUCGAAGUCUGGGGAUCCACCCUCAAGUUCGCGCGUCGCUUCGCCGUCGACUCUGUCGGCUGCCGAAUCGCCAGCCUGCAGCGUUCUCCAGAAGUCUUGUCGCCGCAGUGAAUCCCUUCUUCCCUCGAAAACGGGGAGUUCAAGUUCAACGACAUCAAAAAGCUCUUUCUUCUUCCCGGAACCGCGUUCUUCGUCUCGCUCUUCAUCUUCUGGCGCAGCUUCCCUUUGUCGAGAGGGAGAUACCUUUUCUUCAUGUCGAGAGAGAGAGACUUCUUCGCGCCGACAGUCUUCGCUCAGUUUCGAUGGGGAACGUUGCUCGCAGCGGCCAGAAGCCUUUCCAGAACUGGGCAGAGACCUCUUUGGGUUUCGAAUUUCGGAGCGCCCCCUGUCGUCUGUUUCUGCUGUUCCGAGCGAGAGGUCCUUCCCUGGAGCGACUGUCUGUUCCGCGGCCUCUCGUCCUCGGGCCAGCAGUCUCUGCCAGACCCAAAAAAUGGAGACAGGCGCCACACCUUUUCGGUCGCCGUCUCGUCUCGUGUCGGCGCGCCCAUGGACAGACAAAGACGCCUUGCGUCUGAACUUGAUUACAGGAGAAGGCUCUGAGCAUUUGCUCGGAGGAGACUCCAGAGCCGGGGAAGCAGGCGAUUUCGGAGCGCGAGGAUCGGCAGAGGUCGUCGUCAGGAGAGACUUUCCGAGCUGUGAAACGUUCGCCGAAAUAAAGGCCGAACCACGCGAGGAAGAGAAGGACACAGCGGCUCUUUCUCUGUUUCCUCUGCAGGACGCCGCCUCGAGUUCGACGCCUCUCGGAAGCGCCAGGCAAGGCACUCCGGCUGUGGGGUUCCACGAGAGCGAAGUUCGCGAUUUGCAUGCGAACUCCUCUCAACAUUCCCAUCAGUCCCGCGAGUCUUCCCCCGAACAAGGCCCAUCGCUGCCUGCUGCUUCUCCUCAACCUUCUCUGUUUCCUCUCCGCUUUCGGCUGCCGCCUCUUCCCAUUCGGCUCCUGUAUCCUUCCUCGCUCGACCAGGAAGCCGAGGAAGAACCUGCAAAGGAAUUUCGAACAACAUGCACCGAGUCCGUCACUUCAUCUUCUGCUUCUUCUUCCUCUUCGUCUUCUUCGUCUUCACUUCCGCAGGGAGUGGUGGACUGGCAUCGAGAACAGGAGAUUUGUUUUUCCUCAGGAGACGCCGGAGAGGCAGGAGCGUUCUGUCACGGGCAGAGUCUUCCGGUAAGCGGUCAGAAAGCGCGAGGAAGCGAAGAAGAGAAGAGGAGAGUCUCUGGGGGUCAAGGCUUUCUCCUGAGACUUGAAGACUGGGAAGGCGAGGCUCCGAGCGAGGCAGGUUUCUCUGGAGAGAUCUCUGUCCGCUCCGCAUCCAGCCACCUCGCCUUUCCUGCUUCUCGCGACACUGCCAAGGAAGAUGAAGUCAACAGUUGUGCCGACGCCGAAGAAGACGAGGGAGACCGGGAGAGAGAAGGAGGAGAACGAGGACGCGAGAGAGAGAGAAGUCAAGGUUUCGAAGCUGGUCUUGGACUGUCGAGUUUCACAGAGACGGACAAGAGCGAUUUCGAUCCUGAGUUGCCCGUUUCUUCUUGCCUCUCCAAAGCGCUUCCUUCUCGUCCUUCUUCGUUGCCUUCGCGCUUGACGGUGACGAGUUCCAGAGAGUCGCGAGGCACAGGAGAGACAGAGACAGAGACAACUGCGGACGCCUUUCCUCAGAAGACGGCUGCGGAGGGCCUCGUCCUCGUCUCUCUGUCUUUCGCUUCGAGGCAACGCCACCCAUCGGAGCAGCCUUCGUCUGUUCCUCUUUCCGGCAGAAAAAAGGAAGGAACCGGAUCGCCUUCGCCUGCGGAGUCGCGGACGGCAAGGUCCUUCUCUCAGGCAGCACCGACUUCUGUCUGUCUCCCUGGAACGAAGCUCUGUCCUGAGGGCGACGCAUUCCUCUCGAGAAACACAGAGACGACAGCAGCCUCACUCCGUCCCUCUGCGAAAGUCUCCGUCAAAUCCGAGAUCCCAGCGGAAACGCGACGCCCCGAAGCAGAGCCUGGAAGCCGACCAGCCUGCUCCCCCGAGGUCCUCGACUGCAUUUCUUCGCGCUGGGGAGGAGAGAAGAAAGAAGUUCCAAAUGCGGUGACUGGACGGACAGAGGGCGAGAGAGAAGAAGAAAGUGAUGACCCAGUCGGGAAGGACGAGCAGCGGGGAGAAUCCGCAGCCUGCGCGACGGUGUCGAAAGAGGAGUGCAAGAGGGAAGACGAAGUGAACUUCCUGUCUCUUCCGGCAUUGAAUUCACCCUUUACUGUCGCUUCCGGUCAGACGCCAAGUGGUGGCGCGUCGGCUUCCGCGUCUUCCUUUCUUCCAGUGCCCACAUUCAAAGUUGGCUGUUCACUUUCCCUCGCUUCCGCGCCGCCCGCUCCUGGAUCGACAACGAGUGAACAGCUCCUCUCUGCGUCUUCCUCGUUCAUCCCCCCUCAACAACGGUCUCGCUCCUCUCUCGACGAAGCAGCCGCCACAAUUCCUUCUUCGCUUCCUUGUUUGCAGGACGCAUCGAGACGUCCAUCGUUGCCUUCGCCUCUUCCGUCUGUUCACACGCGCCUCGCGUCCAUGUCUUCCAAUUUUCCCGCUUCUCUUUCUUCUUGUUCCUCGUCGUCUUCGUCUCACGCCUCGUCUUCUCUUCCUUCUUCUUCUCUUCCUUCUUCUUCUUCUCUUGCUUCUUCUUCUCUCCCUUCUUUUUCUCUUCCUUCUGCUUCUCUUCCUUCUUCUUCGUCUUCUCUUCCUUCUUCUUCUCUUCCGGUUCCUUCGUCUUCUCUUGCGUUUUGCCAGACACUUUCGACUGCUCCAACUGUUUCUGCACCCUUCGAUCUCUCGUCGGGUCUCGGCUCCGCUUUUCCAGUUUCUGUGAAGGCUGCGUUUUCGACAGCUUUCUCUGAGGAGGCCGCAGCCGCGGCUGCACCUCUCUGCCGCCCUGCGUCGGGGCAAAGUGGGGAGUCAAACGCCUCCUUUCGUUUCGACAAAUUGCACUCCGCAGCUGAAGACGAAGCAGGUGGUGCCCCUGCGUCCACCGAGCCAGCGAGCGGGGCGAGGGCGCCUCUGCAUGGCCUCGCCGAUGACAAGUUGUCGCCUGCAGGGAGAGUCCGAGAAAGUCAGCGAGAAGACGACGGCGACCGGAAGCCGCUCCUGCUCGCAGCAGAAGAGGCGCAAGCAGAGACCACAGCAGGCGAAGGAAAUACAGACAAAACGCAAGAACUGCAAGUGAAAGAAAACGCUCCUUUUGACUAUGACGCUCUCCGUCAGCAUGUUCGGAGCCUCCCAGGACGUCUUCCUUUCUCUUCUUCAUCUUCUUCAGCUGCUUCGGCCUCGUCGACUUCGUCGUCGUCCUCUUCUUUGUCUUCUCGUGAAGGCUUUAAGGCGCUGGGGGGAGACCCCCGUUCUUCGUCUCUGACUCCCGUCGCGUGUAUGUCGAAGAGAGAGAGAGAAACGAAGCAGCCAGUGAAGGAUCUCUCGACGUCUCGCGUCUUCUCGAGACUCCUUCCGAGCCUCGCCUCCAGCUCGCUCCCUCGGCUGUCGCUCACGCGUGGAGACAGCGCAACUUUGGCGGGUGUUCUUGCGGAGAGCGAAAACAGUUUGGAAAAGGAAAGACUUUCUCCGAGAGAAGCGUCUGAGCCAGAAGCGCCUUCGCCUUAUCAGAUCUCUGUCGGUUCCCGUGGUGCUUCGAAAAGCGAAGAUUGGAAGGAUGCAUUGCCAGAGAACUCGCGGAAAUUCUUUCUGACAGUUCCUGAGACCGGCCGCGAACUUCGUUCUGAUGUACGCAGCUCCUCCGUGCUGUCUGCGCGUCUCGUCUCGGGCCGUGACUUUCUAGACAAAACGGGCGCUUCUCUGUCUCUUUCCGGGGAAGCGAAACUGUCGGCUCUUGCCUCUGGACUUCCGAGGAGACCGUCGCUUCCUCACCACGAAGAGAACAAGCGCUCUUCUCCCUCGCGUCUGCCUUUCUCCAGUGACGCCUCUGUCUCUCAGUUAGCACUCCGACAAGGGCAGCGUGAAGACGCGAGAAGAGAAGAGAAGACAGGCGAGAGAGAACGGAUAGCGAAUGCACUGGAGAGCUCCGAAGGCUUGACAAGCCCGCGCGCUGCUGCCGCUCCUGCAGCGGCUCUCUGGGGGAGACUGCACGAACGAAAAGAACCGUUUCUCCCCGCGAUUCGCGCUUCUUCGGUUCCUGGAGAAAGCGCAUUUGUAAAGCGAGCAGAGGAUACUCCAAGCGGACGAGAAAGAACGCGAGAAAACGCCGAGAGAGAAGCGAGAAGGCGAGGCGACCAGUCUCCGGUGUUCUCUGCAUCGAAACCCGACGGAGGAGGGGGGUCGGGAGCGUCGGAAAAAAAUCGGUUUUUCGACGCCUCCCUUUCUCAAGAAAGAAGAAAGCGUUUGAGUCCCCCGCGCCUCUCUCUGGGCCUCUCGCCUCGUCAGGCGAAGGCCAAUCCGUUUCCUCUUCGCCUCGCGGAAGAACAGGAACCGAGACGGAGACGGUCUGUGCCACAGAUUUGUGUCUCUCCGCGGGAGGAGACAGCGGAGGCAGGUCUCGGCGCACUGCACCGAACAGCCGCUGCCAGCGAAGCUGCUGCAAGAGAAGUUGUUCACCACUGCGGGUGCCUGGACGAGGACUCGCAGGCCUCGUCUGAGAGAAGAAGCGCAGGCGUAGACGCUCCUGCCUCUCUCCGGAGCAUGUGGAGCCUCGACUGUUCAGAUAGAACUGCAAAAAGACUCGACCUUCCCCAGCCGCAUUCACCGCGUCUUCUCUCCUCUCCCUCAUUGCUUGCUUCUUCGGCGUUCUUCGCAUCGCUGAGGAAGGGCGCUCUGGGAGGGAGAGCUGCGCCUUCAGGUUUCUGUCUCCCCUGUCUCCGAGAAGAGCGCGGUUGGAGUGGGGUCUCAGGGGCUGGAGAAGGAGACCGUGGAGCCUUCAAACGCGACCUGUGUUAUCCAGUUCUCAGACCGCAGCGAGGCAGGACAGAGAGAGCAAGAAGAGGAGACAAGAGCAGGAGAAGCAGCUGCUCUUGCAGCGCGUCCUGUGCGGGUCGGUCAGCGUCUCCCGCAUCGGAGACGCGUUCUGGAAGGAGAGUAAGACGUGUGUCUGAGCAGGGAAAUGCGUCUUCCUCGCCUUCCAGAAGACCCCACACAGCGCUCCCGUCGACCUCGAGUCUGCCUGUCCUGGACAGCGAGGAGAGGGAAAGGGAGCGACCGCUCUCGCCUUCUUUCUCGCGACGAGAGAAGCUCGGGCGCAAGUCGUUCUUCGCACACGACCGAGAGACGACAAAGGCGAGCGAGAGAGGGCAGAACUCCACGAAACCUGGCGACAAACGCAACAUCUCGUCCGUUGCUGCUUUUCCUGGCAACCUGUCGCAGAGUCUUUCCAGGUUCCGCGCCGACUCGAUGGGGCCGGGUGAUCGGCGCCUCUCAUCGACAGAGAGGGCGUACGGCGGGCAAGCGUCCAGGAAGCUGAGAAGCGAGUCUCCUUCUUCGGUGUCGAACUCAUCUGAGAGGUUUUCCUCGGGGUCGUCCUCUCCCCGGCGCCGCAGCGAGAGUCGACGAAGGGAGAAAAGGAAGCAGCAAGAGAGAAGGAACUCGUCAACGUCCGUGGACAGACACACGAAACCUGGCAGUUGUCGAGCGAGCUGCUCUCGCCGUCGACGGUCGCACGCAACGAGGAGUCUUCAAGAAGCGACCGAGAUGAGAAGAAGAGAGGCGAGGGAAGGAGCGCCUUCGUCGGAAGAGGAGAGAAAGCCGCAGCGGAGGCACAGGGAAGGGGAGAAGCGACCGAAACGCGGGUCGCAGCAAGCCGGAGCCAAGCUCAGGCGGAGACAAGAACUCGUUGAAAGGGAGAAACGCGUCGACUCACGCAGCCGGAGCAUGAGGAGUAGAGAGGCGAGUGAAAGCGAGGAAACAGAGAUAAGGCGGUCCAGUUUGCGAAGAGCUUUCGACGACUCUCUGCAAGACGAAGAACGCCCGAAAACGCACCGAGGGAGUGAUGUGACAUGGGAGCAACAAGCCGAGCUCAUCCAGGCUUGUCGAAGACUCGCACUCGAGCAGCGCGAGCUGGAGGCGAAGAUUCAGCUGCUGGCGGGCGGCUCGCCCCCCAUUCUAGGAAAGAAGAGACACGAUCCUUCCUUCGCUGCUGCCUCUCCGCUUGAAACGAAGUUCCCCACGACUCUCCACUUUUCGCGGUCCUUCGCUUCCCACCGAAAGGCGGAGCGCUCUGCUCGAGGAUCGCAUACAGACGCCGCACCGUCUGUAUCUGCCUUUCUUGCUGCAAAUCUCAAGUCUUCGAACGUUUCUUCUCGACAAAAAAACGCCGACUUCCAUCAAGGCGCUUCGCUGGACGCUCCUGCGCCCUUUCCUUCCUCAUCGAAUACUGCCUUCUCACCCUCUCCUUCCUCAUGUUCUUCUCCUCGGCGUUCUUCUCCUCGGCGUUCUUCUCCCCGGCGUUCUUCUCCUCGGCGUUCUUCUCCUCGUCGUUCUUCUCCUCGGCGUUCUUCUCCUCGGCGUUCUUCUUUGCGACGGGGGCUUGAGGCGUCGAGACCGGCGGCGAUGGCGACCGAAGCCGUUGACUCCAUGGAAGCGCUGUUGCAGAAAAUAGUCAGAAUGAAACGCGAGACCAAGAACUCAGGCUUUUCCUUUGCAUGCUCCGCCGCGAGCGUCGCUGUUCACUGCAGGCCCAGAGCGUCGAAGGCCUUGGAGAAGAGAUGCACCCGCGACGGACGAAAACGAGAGAAAGAGCAAGGGAAGGAACGAGAGAGAAAACGAGAGGAAGAACUGGCGGUAAGAGACGUCUUUCCAGUCUUUCCUCGUCAACGACAAGCUGAAAACGACCAACAGAGAAGGAAUCACGUUGCACCCUCUUUCAGUCGACAGCCGGAAGAGCAGCGAAGAGCAUACGGUGAUAUGAGAGAAGAAGAGAGCAGAAUGAGAGAGAAGACGCGAGCAGAACCGCGGCUAGGCAGCGAAGGCGAACAGCGAACGGGGAUGCUUUCUUCCGCAUCGGGAGAAAGAGGAAAUCGGGAAGAGACUGGUUUCUUCUUCCAUCGCCGUAGCACAAAGGCAGAGGACGCCGAGCAAGGACCCUGCUGGAAGAACACGAUGGAGAUCAGCAGAGACAACAAGAGAGAGAGCAGGGGGGAGAUCAAGGUCUGGUCAAAUCUGGUUAAGUUGAGCAGCGCGUCGGCGCAGGAGUCUUCGACGGGUGAGAUGGAGAGAGGCGCCUGGACGGAGACAGCAGAGAAACGAGGAGAGGAGGACAGACGAUCACGUCGAGAGGAAGUAGAGUUCGGGGGGUCAGGAGUCGCACGGAGGCUAGCGUGGUUUAGGGAGUUUUCGUCGAAUUCGAGGGACGCAAAAGCCUCGGAGAUGAGUAGAAGAGAGCGAGAAGCAAGUAGGAAGUUGGGCGAAGAACACCGAGUCGGCUUGGAGGUUCAUUCGAAAGCUGUGGAGGGAGAGAACACAAAUCGAGAGGUUUCAGAGUCCAGGUCGCAAUUCCGCUCGAUAAAGGCGACUGCCUCUGCCUCAGGGGAGAGCGAAGAAAGACGGAGGAGAGAGGCGAAGUUCGGGAGGAACACGGAGAAGGAAGUGAAGAGGGAAAGACAGGAUUCCAGGGAGGAAGGGAGAACAGAGGCGCAGCAGCCUCGGAGCGCCGUGCGCCUGCAAAGAGGUACUCAACGAGCGUUGUCUGUCUCUUCUGUCUCGGCUUCUCUUUCCGCCUGCUUCGGCGGCUCGUCGAGCAGCGCAGAGGAGAAGAGAGGCAAACUCUCGGAGUCGAAAGAGAAAAGGGAAAGAGAGAGUUUCCGUGAAACGCAGAGGAGAAACAGCCUUGCCCCCUCUGUGGCCGAGGAGUACCUCGCGACUCUGGAGAGACUGCGGUGCAAGUAUCGCACCGCAUCUCUCUGCCCAGAAGAGUGA